AUGUUCAUUUGUUCGUGACACAAAAUAAAGUAUGCUUCCACAAGGAGUUAGGCCCAUCAUGUUAAUUGUUAGUUAACUGGCGAUUUCAGAUCUCACUUACCGUUAAAAUUCUAGCAAAAUGUGUUUGGAGGAUCAUGGCUGCUGCAAAGAACCUACAAAAUGAAGUGAAAACACAGUUCUGUACUAAGGAGGGAUGUUACAAACUGCUUCAACUCUCGGAUUACUCUAGGCCCCUCAGACCGUCAAGCGGCCCUCCCAAUAACGUUCCGGUCAGGUUGUCAUUCGUUACCGUCAAGGAUGGAACUGAAUGUGAGGACAAAAUUGCCUUCAACAUCGGAAGGGACAUGUAUUUCUCUAACUUUAGGGGCAUCAAAAAGGCUCCAGACCCUUGCCAUCCCAUAGACAGACGACCAUACAAAGGACCACAACCAUCAUGCCAUGAUAUAAAUCUUAUGACAAGGAGGCCUGAUAUGCUUGAAAUCUUGAUUGGCUUUACUGGUGGACAAAUUCAGUUGAUGGACCCAAUGAAGCAUGAAUGUAUAAAAUGUUUUAAUGAAGAGAUUUUAUUCUGCUUGAAGUCAAUCGUUUUGUUGGAUCAACUUCAGAGACUCAUUGAUAAGGGAAUAGUCACGUGCAUUAGAUGGAUUCCAGGAACUGAUUCCAUGUUUUUAGCUUCGCAUAGUACAGGGAUGAUUUAUGUUUAUAAUAAGGAAUAUCAGUGCGUUGCGGAGCCAGUUUAUACUGUUUUGAAACGAGGAAAAGGCUUUGUAAUCGAAAACUGUAAGAACAAGACAUUGAGUAACCCAAUCUGCAAGUGGAUAGUCGGUCGGGGGGCCAUCAAUGACAUGGUAUUUUCGCCAGACUGCAAACAUAUUGCAAUUGCUAGUGAAGAUGGUUAUUUGCGUGUUUUUGAUUAUGAAAGAAAAGAACUAGUUGGCAUAAUGCGUAGUUAUUUUGGCGGAUUGCUAACUGCAGCGUGGAGUCCAGACGGAAAGUAUAUUGUUACUGGUGGAGAAGAUGAUCAUGUGACCGUUUGGUCCUUUCUUGAACAGAGAGUUAUUGUAAGAGGUCAAGGUCACAGGUCAUGGGUAAAUGCCGUGACCUUUGAUCCAUAUACGACAAAUGUAGGUGGGGGGAGGAUUGAUGACAGUGACGAAGAAGAAAUUGCAAAAUCUGGAGCAAGACAUAGGACUAGUACUAUACGGGACCAUUCUGUUGACAGCCCGAAGCAAGCUGUUUCCUACAGAUUUGGUUCUGUUGGGGACGAUACGCUGUUGCUAUUAUGGGAUUUAUCGGAUGAUGUGUUGCGGCCGCAGAGGAUUCGGACUCGCAGCUUGCGGACUAGUACCUUCAUUCACAAGCACCAACAACAUUGGACUUAUGCGAAAAACUCACCUUCGUGGCAACAGAACGAUUCUCAACCAAGUAGUGAAAACAAGCGGACAUUAUCUGAGUCGAAGUUAUCGCAUAAAAGCUCUUCUAGUGAGCAUAAAUUGUCUUUGAAAAAGCAUUCUUUUAACUCAGUUUCCUCAAAGCACCAAAACUCUGUAUCUAAUUACACUCCUAAUGGUGAUGAAGAUGAGCCAGCACUGGGCACGACUGUUUGCCCAAGAUUUGAGGAUGUUCCGAUUUUAGAACCAUUAGUAUCAAAGAAAAUAUCUCAAGAUAGACUGUGUGGUUUGGUUUUUAAAGAAGAUUGUAUCAUCACUUCGACUUAUGACGGGUAUGUGCAUGUGUGGGCAAGGCCGGGAUCUCUGGUCUCCAAGCAAGAUUCAAGUACGGUAAUUCAAUGACAUCUGUAGUUUAAUUACGGCAAUUCGUUGAAUAAUAGUUAUUUUUUAAAAUUCCUAUAUUUAAAAAAAUCACUUGGUAAGAGGAAUCAAAUAACUCGACUUUUCAGAAUUAGAAUUUUCAUGUCACAAUUUUGAUUUGCUCGUAAGUUUUGUAGGCUAAUGGCGUGAAAAAUUUAUUUCAGCUACUUGACCUUUGAGCUCCGUCCUUUUAGUUUUGACAACAAUACCUUUGAACUCUGUCCAUUGAACUUUUAUAGCAGGAUUUCAAUUAUUUAUCAAUAACUCGACUUUUUUUCGUUUGAAAAUGCUUAAAUUGGCCUAAACUUGAAUAUAACGUGCAAAAUAUAUUGUUUGUAGGAUAUCUCCUCACGUGCUAUAAAUUGUUUUAAAAUUAUAACGCUAUAAUGAAAGUUUGAAAAUAGCUGAUCUUUCUUAACAUGCCUAGAUUAUAUAAUUAAUUAGAAUACCUAGCAAAAAUUGUCGAAAUACUGUUAAUUUUCAAAGACCUUUGUUUUUUUGUAUGACAGCCUUUUUGAAAUGGAAGUUAACUACAACAAUAAACUCCAAACAAGCAUGAAAAAUUUUAUUUCUUGUAGCUUUAAAUGUUUUAUUGCCUUUUUUUCUUGAGAAAUGUUGUCGAUCACGAGAGUCGAAAUUACCUUUGAAAAUAUAAAAUUCAUUAACAUUUAAGUAAGACUUAACAUGUUGUUAAUUUUAAGAAAUUAUACAUCCUAUCAAAUAACCAUUUCAAAUAAGUCGUUCAGUUUUUACUUUGAAAGACCUUUUCCGUUUGUUUGUUUGUUUCGGUUAGAUGCUUUGAUUUCUCUGUCUUUUGUUUAUUGCGAUUUCCGUCUUUAGUCUCAAGUCUAAUCUCACCAGAGAGAUUUCUGAGCGCGCUUUAAGCGCUCAAUCACUAGAUUUCAUUGGCUGAACUCUUGCGUGAGCGGCUGGGAGUAGAAACGAGACCUACUCUCAAACGAGUGCGAACGAACAUAAAACUGACCGCAGCGACCGUGAUCAUUCCCAAUUCGCGCAUGCGUAGGUUUGAGCGCUUCGAGCGCGCGGUCAAAAAUGUCUCUGAAGAGAUUAGGCUUUAGACAGCUCGUUACCAAAUUACCAAAUGAUAGAUCGGGUGAUUUUUUCUCGUUAUUUUCAAGGAAUUUUCUAAAAGCUUCCAUUUAUCGGUCUUUCUUACUCGGGAUAUUUUUGGAAGGGUGAAGGGUAUGAAAUUUCUGCCUGACGACAAGCCAGUUGUUAUUUACUAACAAAACCUUAACCUUCUAAUUUGAAAAAAUGUUCUGCAUUUUACGGCUCGGUCAUUUCCUCUCUGAAUUCUGAAUUUAUGUUAUGUUAUGUUAUUCUCUUGCGUAAAUAAGUAUUGGAAUCACGACUUAGAUUUUCCGAAUACUUUCAAAUUUUUGACUAAUUCAAUGAAUUUCAAAGAAUCAGUGUUUGACAUCCCCCUCUCCCACAUACCCGGUAUCUACGUGUCUGCGUUUAAUAGUAGGCCUAUAUUGUGGUUUCAAACAUGAAAAUUGGCAUUGAGAAUGUUUAUUUGGUUUUCAAUCAAAUUGAGUAAAAAACAAUUAAACACUUUGAUAUUCCUAUUUCUAUUUCCAUCUUGAUUAUUGAGAAAUUCUAGGAAUAUUGUAAAUAAAUUAAUCGUUAAGGACAGGAAUGUAUCAAUACAGUUUAGCCUGAGAAUAGGUAUGUAUAAUUAAAGUUAAGUUCAUGAAGCAUCAUUUUCAUGGACUCGCCGUUGUUGUUAAUGUGUCUCAGUUAUUGCCACUAGCAGAUCAUUUUCUAUCUAGCUUUUCAAAUUUGUACACGUUUUUUAGCGGAUAGUUAAACACCUUUUAUAAAGAUAUAGAAGACAAAAGUUGAAACCUUUUGUCAAGUGGAAAAUGACAUAAUUUGGAUUUGAAAAAAGCAAAUAUUUUUAAACGUACUUAAGCUUUUCUUUUAAACUCUCAAAAAUGAAAAACAACGAAUAUAGAUCGAAAUCUCUAAGCUAGGAAAUAUAU